UAAUUCUCAUUGAAAUUGAAAUUCUCAUUGAAAUUGAAGAAUGAAAGAAAAGAGGGUGAUGGCGAUGGAUGAUAGACUGCGGUGGCUGAUGACGUUGCUGGAUCUGGAGAUAAUGACUCGUAGAAUGGAACUUUGGGGGAUGAAGAAGGAGAAUCAGAAGCAGGAUUGCAUUAACGGCGUAGCUGAGAUGGAAAAGCAGGAGGAUUGUGAGAUGGAAAACCAGGAUCUCAUAACAGAGAUGGACGAUCUACAUCACAUCAACAACAACAAGAACAAGGAGCAGAUGAAGAUGAAUCAACAGGAGGAGGAAGAAGAGGAAGAGCUUCAGGGCAUGUCGUUCACGUAUAAACCGAUGCAUUGCUUGACAAGGUCACCCCAUCUGAUCCUUGGAAUUCCUUCGGAAGAAGAGACAUCAUGGGGUAAAAGAAAGAUGGAAAACCAGGAUCUCAUAACAGAGAUGGAGGAUCUACAUCACAUCAACAACAAGAACAAGGAGCAGAUGAAGAUGAAUCAACAGGAGGAGGAGGAGGAGGAGGAAGAGGAGGGCAUGUCGAUCACGUAUAAACCCAUGCAUUGCUUGACAAGGUCACCCCAUCUUAUCUUUGGAAUUCCUUGUAUACCUCCGGAAGAGGAAGAAGAGACAUCAUGGGGUAUUGCUGGUCUUGGUCCUCGUUGGUUAAUCUAA